AAUAUUAAAAAUGCCUAAAAAAGAAUAAAAAGAACCAAACCAAACUCAACUUAUCAAACUACCCUGUCUGGAUCGAUCAUAUGGCUUGGAUCGAUCCUCUGGGAGUAGUUUUUCACAUCAUGGAUCGAUCUAGAGGGCUGGAUCGAUCCCCCGAAGUUCUGAUCCGAAAAUUUGCCCGAAAUUGCUAUUUUUGAGAUCUAAAAUCCUAUUUUUGAUACCAAUUGAUUAUGAUUAUUUUAAGGAUGAUUCUUUACAAUAAAAAUGAUGUUUUUAACAAAUAAAAAUGUUAUGUGAUGCAUGACGGAACGGAGGGAAUAUUAUGGUAUAUGGAGCACGUACUAUUGUUUCUAAAAAUCGAAGGGAUAUAUAAUCUUUCUUUUUUAGAAAGUAUGGAAUAUAGAUAAUUUGAAAUGGAAAUAAAUUGAUUCCCUCGUCCAAAAAAAUGUUCUCAUUUUGACCUUUAGAAAUUUUAAGGAAUGGUUAUUUUUGUGUAGAUUUUUCAAAAUAUCCUUAUUGCGAUGAGUAAAAAUAUGAUGUAAUGUGUAAAUUAAUAGUAAAAAAGUAUGAUAUUGUAAAUAGAUUAAGGAUUAAUAUUCAAGAUUCUAAAUUUUGUGGGAGGAGUAAAAAAGAAAGAGAGAAAUUUUUUGGAAUGGUGAAGUAGUAUAUUAGGAAUAUAUGUUGACCAGUCAUGGUUAUGCAUUUAAGUGCAUUAAGUAUUCAAGUCCGAAGAUUACAUGCACUUUAUGCCAACGAUCACAUAUUUGCCAACCAUAAAUAGAAUGCAAAAUCUCACUCAAACAUCACAAUUGAUUGAAAGAAAAAACCAAUCACACAAUAUGGCCUUUUAUCACAAUCUAGCAACAAUCUUGUUUGGCAUCCUUCUUAUACCCCUCAUCUUCUUCACCAACGUGCACGGAGAUGUGAUAGACGACGUGUGCGCGAAGGCGCUACGCCCUCCCUUGUGCCAGAAAGUCCUAAGGGGGGACCCGCGCUCGAAGAACGCGGAUCUCAAAACCCUAGGGUCCAUCGCGAUCGACAUCACCACAAAACAAGCCAAGUCGGGACAGAGCCUUGUUCAGUCCCUACUGAAGAAGGCCACUGACCCCAAACAGAAGUCCGCGCUCUCCACGUGCGUGGAGAACUACGGGGACUCCAUCGACAAUCUCGGGGAGUGCCCGGGUCUGUUGAGGUCAGGGGACUACGGAGGGGUGAACAUCAAAGCGUCUGCCGCUUUUGAUGAUUUCGAGACUUGCAAUGACGGGUUUUCUGAUCUCUCCAUACCCGAGCCUCCCAAACUCAAGGAUUCGAGUUCUAUGUCGCAGGGUGUUUUCGACGACGUUUGCGCGAAGACGCAACAUCCCUCGAUAUGCCUACAGGCUUUGCGAUCCGAUCCUCGUACCACGGGAGCGGAUCUUGAAACCCUGGGACUCAUCUCCAUAGACAUUUCCACAAACGAAACGAAAACCGCGAAAGCAAUCGUCAACGCGCUUCUCGCAGGUGCCAGAGACGACCCGAGACUCGAAAACCGGUACGAGUCGUGCUUGGAGAACUACCAAGACUCCAUUGAGAGCUUGGAGAUCUGCCCAGAUAUGUUGAGGAUGAGAGACUAUGCAAGCUUGAAUAUUAGAGCUUCCGCGGCCAUGGACGGGCCCGAUACUUGCGACGACAAUUUCGAAGACCCGCCGGCGGAACCGGCGGAGCUCAGAGAUGAGAGUGUGAAGGUGCAAACACUUUGUAGCAUUGUUUGUGUUAUCAGCAAUGUAUUGUUGAAAGAGAGCCAUAAUAAUAACAUGACUCUCAUGGAGACUCAUAAUUUAGUUGAUGAUGUCUGCUCAAAGACUUCACGCCCCAUCACAUGCACGCAAGUUUUACGAUCCGAUCCCCGAUCCAAAACCCCCGACCUUCUCGCGCUCGGAUUCGUCGCGGUUGACAUCGCGACGAACCAGGCCCGAUCGGGUAAAACCCUUCUUGAGUCUCUUCUCAAGAGGCCCACUACCGGCCCGAAACUCAAAACGAUAUAUUCGUCGUGUUUGGAAAACUACGGAGAUUCUCUUGACGAUAUAGGGAAUCUCUCGGGCUUCUUGAGGUCCAAAGACUAUGGGAGUGUCGGAGCUUACGCGUCUGCCGCUCUAAGUGGGCCCGACACUUGUGACGGGAGCUUUUCGACCCCUUCCGAUGAGCCAUUGCCACUGAAAGCUGCUAGUGACAAGCUGCAAGCUAUUUGCGCGGCUGUCUUGUCUAUUAACAAUAAAUUGCAGGGGCAAUAAAUUGUUAGAGGAUGUUUUUUUCACUUGGGAGUAACAUUAUACUCCCUUUUGUUCCAAAAUAAGCUUUUAGUUUGAGUUUUAUGCACAAAGUACCCAAAUUUGGAUCAUAAUAUGAAAACAAAUUGAGUUAUAAUGU